AUGCCAUCGACCAUGUCUCGCUCAACGCCAACCCGGCAGUGGUUUCAGCCCGGUGAUGGCAUCGCCCGCGAGGUCAUCACCGCUGACAUCCAGCGCUACCUGGGCCCGGAUGCCCUCGUCAAGCCGGGCAUCGGCACUGGCGAGUACGAGGGCGUUGAAGGAUAUUGGAUCACUGCUUAUCGCACCCUGACAUCGCAAAUGGUGCAGGACUUGAAGCUGGAUUCGCAGCGGUGGCGUGCUGAAGUCCAGCAGGGACGAGUUGCCUAUCAAGAUUCAAGGACUCACCAGUCCAGGCAGUACUAUGGUCCCAGUACGCCGGCCCCGGAGCAGCCGUAUGCCCCGCCCUCGGCUUCCCAGGUUUACGCGGACCACCCGUCGUCUGCAGGAUACCGGGCGCCCGCCCAAAGUGCCUAUGGAGGAGGAGACUACACCUAUGCCCAGCCCCAGUCAGGAUAUGCCCAGCAAGGAGCCCACUAUGUGCCAGCCCCUGGAUAUGGACAAGGCCAAGUGAGGACAACCCCGUCCUAUGGAUCAUACAGCCAGCCGCCUGGCAGGGAGCCGGAGCCGCACUACUCAGGUCACCAGGAAUCGCCUAGAUACGGCUACCCGCCGUCAACGUCGGCACCGCCCGAACGCGUGUAUGCCCCGCCGCAACCAAGUACAACCCAGCAGUACUACUAUGCCGACAGCAGAAGUGCAGCCACGCAGCCGCCCCCUCAAGCUAACGAUCGUCGUCGUCGGCAGUAG